AUGCGGUCCACCUCCGCAAACCAUCUGGCCGUGUCCAUCCAAUGGGCGCACUCUCCCCCCAGAACAAGAUCCACAGACGAGUUAUCCAGCGGGAGAUCCUCGGCAGAGGCAACAUACACCUCGGUGGGGGUGGUGAUAUGCUCUGCUGCCUUCUUGGACUUGUCAACCAUAACCGAGGACACGUCCGUAGCUAUAACUUUUUUGAAUUCGGGGGCCAGUGGCACGAAAACCUGGCCCGUGCCGCAUCCAACGUCCAACAACGUGCCCAAUUGGUUGCCUUCAGUGGCCAAAUGGUAUUUCAGAAUCUCAUCGAACAAACUCCGUGGAUACUGCGGCCGAAACUGGUUGUACUGGCCAGCAUCGAACUUUUUAUGGGAAAAGGCAGACAUAACUUAUAUAACUCUCAAAUUGAGGGGUAAAUUUUUCUAG